AUGUCGGCCCCGUUGGUGAAAGUCUUGCACCGCCUGCAGGAGCUCUUCCAUAACGUCGUCUCCGCUCUCGAAACCAUGAUCCUCUUUCCCUCCCUCUUCAAAGGCUUCGGCCACAAACGCCGCAAGCCCUUCCUCGGCGCACACUGGCGUCGCCGGACACUCGAUGACUUCGCCGGCGAGGUCGAGACACUAUUCACCACUCCUCUUACCACCUCGAAGAUGAUCGACAUGUCGGAGCGAAUCCGCGCCCAAUUUCGACAUUGCCUCCAGGAUUCACCUUGCAACAUGCUCCCGUCAUACACAACCGCUUUACCUUCUGGAAACGAAAAAGGAACAUAUCUUGCGCUGGAUGUAGGAGGUUCGACGUUCCGAGUCGCGUUAAUUGAAUUAUCGGGUCGAGAGGAGGAAAUGCGCAUCUUGAAAGUAGCGUCUUCUUACAUCGACAACACCGUGAAGCUAUUAGAAGGAACUCAAUUUUUUGACUGGAUGGCGGGACAUAUUGAGACUAUGUUAAAGGAUGUGGGGGCGAACUAUGGACGCGGCGAGGUCGCUUUGCCAAUGGGUCUCUCCUGGUCAUUCCCGAUUGAUCAGACAUCGACUAGUAGUGGAUUGGUGAUUCAUAUGGGCAAGGGUUUCCACUGCUCAAAUGGUACCGUCGGACAAGAGCUGGGUCAACUGUUGAUUGAUUCGUGCCGUAAGCGCAGUUUGAAUGUCGAAAUGGCCGCCAUUGUCAAUGACGGUUCCGCCGCUCUGCUUUCACGCGCGUAUGUCGAUGAGAAGACUCGCAUGUCCUUGAUUCUCGGUACAGGUACCAACAUGGCUGUUCAUUUCCCAGUGCACGAUAUUGGGAAAAGUAAAUUUGGAGUCCGGCCCGAGGGAUGGUUCGACUACUCUAAGCACGUUAUUGUCAACACCGAGUUGAGUAUGUUUGGUGGUAGUGGCAUUUUACCGAUGACUCGUUGGGACGAGGUCUUGAACCGCACCCAUCUACGCCCCGACUAUCAACCCUUGGAGUAUAUGAUUACCGGAAGAUACUUGGGUGAAAUUGUUCGCCUAAUCGCCAUGGAAGCUGUAGAGACAGCCGGUCUUUUCGGAGGCGAGCUUCCCCAUUCCAUGCGCGAGGCCUAUUCCUUCGACACCAGCAUUGUCGCAUUCCUCGAAGACGAUUCCUCUGUUUCUCUAGCUGGAUCCGCUGCCCUUUUACAAAAAGAACACACCUUCCCGAGCUACCCCUCUGUCGAAGAUCUUCGCUUCCUCCGCCGUGUCUGCCAAGUUGUCUCCCGCCGCGCCGCAGCAUACCUAGCCACCGGUAUCCACAGCAUGUGGUGUCUCAGCAACGAGGCCGAAUUCCCAGCCACAUCAUCCAAAGCUACUUCUCUCAAAGAAUCUCCUGAAGUAACAGUUGUCGAGAGCAACGAGGCUACCACUAAUGUCUCCAUUGCGUGCGACGGUACCGUCAUCAACAAGUACCCCGGCUUCCGCGACAACUGCCAAGCCUACCUGGAUGCGCUUGCCGAUCAAUCCCAUCCAGGCUCCAAGUCUGCUAUCUCUCUGGACCCAGCUCCCGAGAGUGCUAUUCUUGGUGCUGCCGUCGCUGUGGCUGUUGCCGUAGCCGAAAAAGCCGAUCAAUAA